AUGGGACUUAUAUCGAGAUGGAAAGAGAAAAAACAACUAUCUGGCAAGCAAAAUGUCCAAAAAUCCAGAAAACCGGCGAACACAUCGUUUAGACAACAGCGACUCAAGGCCUGGCAGCCCAUCCUAUCACCACAGAGCGUACUACCGUUGCUUAUUUUGAUGGCAUGUAUCUUUGCACCCAUUGGUAUAGGUCUGGUAGUCAGCACGAUAAGUGUCCAGCGACUAGUAGUGAACUACACCGAAUGUGAUGCACUAGCACCAGCAAAGGAUUUUGAAACGAUUCCUUCCGAGUACGUGGAUUAUCAUUUCAGUAAAAAAGUUACAAUCCAGCCUCAAUGGAUGGUACUCACAGAUCCUGAGUUCGGUAAUCAAACAUGUCGAAUACAAUUUGAAAUUCCUAAUCAUGUUAAAAAAUCUACUUAUGUUUACUACCACUUAACAAAUUUCAAUCAAAACUAUAGAGAAUACGUGCAAUCUCUUGAUCUAAAUCAAUUAAAGGGUAAACCGUUGAUUGGGAAUGAUUUAGAUCCCAACUGUGACCCUUUCAGGACAGUAAAUAAUAAGACUAUAUUCCCCUGUGGAUUGAUAGCAAAUUCAAUGUUCAAUGAUACAUUUGACGCCACAUUUACUGGUGUGGAUGGUACUCCAGAUUACUUACUUACAACAAAAGGCAUCGCAUGGGCCACCGAUCGUCAUAGGUACGGAAAGACCGGAUACAAUGCGUCCGAUAUUAUACCGCCCCCAAAUUGGUCUAAAUUAUACCCCAAUGGCUACACUAACGAUAAUGUUCCAGACCUGCAAAAUUGGGAAGAAUUUAAAGUUUGGAUGAGAACUGCUGCAUUGCCUAACUUCUAUAAGUUGGCAAUGAAAAAUGAGACCAAUGGUUUGCGUAUGGGUAUUUACGUUGCUGAUAUAAAACUAAACUACCCAGUAAAGUCCUACAAUGGAACAAAAUCCUUUGUACUAACCACAAACAGUAUUAUUGGUGCAGGGAACGAGGCGUUGGGGAUUGUAUAUUUGAUUGUUGCUGGGAUUGCAACUCUUUUCGCCAUUCUGUUCCUAGUUAAAGUCAUUUUCAAACCAAGACCUAUGCAUGAUCACAGUUACCUAAAUUUUGAGACUGAAGAUACCACACCCUAUGAGAAUAGUGUCGUUAGUGUUCCGUUAAGAGAAAUUUUAUGA